AUGGGCUUGCUAGAGACGUUUGGAGCAUUUGCACUUAUUUAUAUUUUAGCUCGUCUUGCUACUUUUAUUUAUCAAGUCUUAUGUCCAUUGCGAGUUGAUAUAAAAAAAUUUGGUGAAUGGGCAUUAAUUACAGGAAGUACAGAUGGAAUUGGAAAAGCAUAUGCUGUUGAAUUAGCUAAACGAGGUUUUAAUGUAAUUUUGAUAAGUCGAACGAAAGAAAAAUUAGAACAAGUAGCAAAAGAAAUUCAAAGCAAAAAUUCAAAUACAAAAGUUAAACUAAUUCCAAUAGAUUUUACAAAAGAUAGCUCAAUUUAUUCAACUAUUCGUGAAGAAAUUCGUGGUUUGGAUAUUGGAGUUCUUAUCAAUAAUGUUGGAAUGUCUUAUGAAUAUCCUGAAUGUUUUGAUAAAGUAGAUGAUAAUGAAAAAUUUCUCAAUAAUAUGAUCAGAUGCAAUGUAGAUUCAGUGGCUAAUUUAACUCAAAUAAUUUUACCAGAUAUGAUUAAAAAAAAACGAGGUCUUAUUGUUAAUGUAUCGAGUAUUUCUGGUCGACGACCAACACCUUUAUUAGAUCUUUAUUCGGGUACAAAAGGAUUUAUUGAUCUUUUUUCACGAUCAUUAGCCGCAGAAUGUAUAUCACGUGGUGUGUACGUUCAAUCCUUAUGUCCUGGUUAUGUUGUUAGUAAAUUAUCUGGUAUUCGUAAAGCAUCUUUAAUUGCUCCCACACCAGAAAAAUUCGUUGUUAGUGCACUUGAUCAUAUUGCUCUUCCAUUUACAACAGGAUAUUGGACGCAUGAUAUUCAAGAAUUUAUUCAAUCACUUUUACCAGAAUUUCUUUCCAAUAAAAUUACAAUGCAUGUUUUAGGUGGAAUGUCUUUUAUUGAAAUUAGUAUUGAUUCUCAUUUUCCUCUUCAAAAUUUACCUUAUGGUGUCUUUUCAACAAAAGAUAAUACGAAACCAAGAAUUGGUGUUGCAAUAGGAACGAAAAUUUUGGAUUUGUCUCUUAUUAAACACUUAUUUAACGGACCACAUUUGAAUGGAAAACAAAAUGUGUUCGAAGAGACAACUCUCAAUAAAUUCAUGUCACUGGGCAAAGCAGUAUGGAAAGAAACUCGACAACGAUUACAAGAACUUUUAUCUGAUACUUGUACAAUGUUGAAAGAUGAUGUUGAAUUACGAAAAAAAGCUUUCGUCGAACAAAACGAGGCUAAAAUGCAUCUACCUGCACAAAUAGGUGAUUAUACAGAUUUUUAUUGUUCAAAAGAACAUGCAACGAAUGUUGGGACAAUGUUUCGUGGAAAAGAAAAUGCUCUUAACCCAAAUUGGUUACAUUUACCAGUUGGUUAUCAUGGGCGUGCUUCAUCGAUAGUCAUAUCUGGAACAGAUAUUCGUCGACCGAAUGGACAAACAUGUCCUGAUGAAAGUAAACCACCAACAUUCGGAAAUUGUAAAUUACUUGAUUUUGAACUUGAAAUGGCAUUUUUUGUUGGUGGUCCAGGUAAUCAACAAGGAGAGCCAAUUACAAUGAAUAAAGCUGAUGAAUAUAUAUUUGGCCUUGUCAUUAUGAAUGAUUGGUCAGCACGUGAUAUACAAAAAUGGGAAUAUGUUCCAUUAGGUCCAUUUAAUGCAAAAAAUUUUGGUACAACUAUUUCACCAUGGAUAGUAACUAUGGAUGCGUUAGAAUGUGCUUUAUGUAAUGGACCAAUACAAGAUCCAAAACCAUUAGGCUAUUUGACUCAACAAGAACCAAGUGCAUUCAAUAUUGAUUUACAAGUAGCAUUGACAUCAAAUAAAUCUUCAAAAGAAUAUACAAUUUGUAAAUCAAAUUUAAAGUAUAUGUAUUGGAGUUUAAAACAAAUGCUUGUUCAUCAUACCGUAACAGGAUGUAAUUUAAGACCUGGUGAUUUAAUUGCAACAGGUACAAUCAGUGGCCCAACACCUGAUUCAUAUGGAUCAAUGCUUGAAUUAUCAUGGCGUGGAUCAAAACCUUUAGAAUUAGAUGAAAAUUUAACAAGAAAAUUUCUUGAAGAUGGCGAUACAGUAACAAUGACUGGUUUUUAUCAAGGUGAUGGUUUUAAAAUAGGUUUUGGACA